AUGGUCAUCUUCGUGUCACCAAAUAUCUCAUCAGUCAAGGAGCUGAGUCAAGGAGCUGAGGUAAACAGGGAAGAUAAAGACGGAAGGACUGCAUUGCUCAUUGCUGCUCAGGAUGGUCAUCUUGAUGUCUCCAAAUAUCCCACCAGUCAAGGAGCUGAGGUAAACUGGGGAGAUAAAGACGGGAGGACUGCAGUACACAUUGCUGCUAACAAGGGUCAUCUAGACAUCACUGAAUAUCUGCUCAGUCAAGGAUCUGAGUUUGAAGGAGACGAAUUGAUGUACAUUCAUCAUGCCUUACAACGCGGUCACACCUCUACCAUUGAGAAAUUAGUUUCUAAGGGAGCUGAUCUCAAUAUCCAGGCACCUGACGGCCAGACGUGUCUCCAUAAAGCCAUUAAGUUCUGCUACACGACCGAGAAAAUCGUUCAGGAAACUGAUACACUAAGGAAGGUGAGUCUUACCCCUUGCAUACCAACAAGUACGACACCAGACCGCCGACUGUCCAACAACAAAUUGCAUAUCCUCAAACGGCCAAGUAUUGGUGGGUUUGGUGUCUGCGUGGAGUCGUUAUGGCUUUCUGACUGA